GUGUUUGGAAUUUUCGCACCGGCUUGCUGAACCGUUCUUAGUUCUAAGGCAAGACAGCUAAAUAGCUUGAAGUUUUGCUGUUUCGCACAACCGUGCACAUUUACCUUUCGGAAAAGUACCAGAAAACCGCAGCUUAUGAGAUGAAACGAUCUUUGCGAAGAGUUGGACGUGAUCAAGUUCACAAGAGGAUCCCUGAUAACGUAUCGCUUCGGACAUCCACCGGAACAAAUUAAUCGUAGGAUGAAACAAAAGUGCAGUGUAGUGCGGUGCUAAAAUCAAAAGAAUAAAUUGCAGUCUUUAGAUUAUAUUUCCAAUAAAUUUGUGCAGCGUAAUAACAAACCAGACAAGAAUUUAAUCAGUCCAAAAAGAGAAAAGCUCUGAUAUUUCCAAAAUGGGAAACGGUACAAAGUAUCGCCGACGGGAGUCUAAGAAUAAAAGGAACCAGUGUUUCGGCAUGAAGAUUCGAACUAACAGUGGUAUUUGAAGCACGUUUUUCUGAUUACACAUGACCUCGCAUCCACAACAGAAUAAGAAUUCGGAGGAAAAUAGGACAAAUUAGGGGAAUCGAAUCACUAAUAAUUUGAGUGGAGUCAGAGUUUAUCGGAUGUAUCCCAUUGCGCAAAACCACUCAUCUCUCCCGAAUAAGCUAUAAAAACAAUAAGGGGUGGUCGAGAGGGUGGUGUUGGGAGAAAAUGGGAGGGGUCGGUUGAUACCCCUGUUAAAGCCGACCGUGCAUGAAACGGAUGUGGAAGUGGGCUUCGAUGGUGAAGCUAGCCAUUGCACCCAACCUUUCCCGAUCGGUUGCAGAGGACAGAAAGGGAGCAAGCUCUACUUUCUAGAAACCGCGGAUGCUAACCAGUCUCCGGAACUAAUGAAAGACCCUGCUACGAGUAUUACAACGAAUUUCGAUAAAGAGAGCAAAUCCAAGACUCCGAAUUAACAAUUUUCCAAGUCGAGCUACUACUCCCCCGCGUACCCCUCGAAUCGUUGGGUCAAGUGUCUCCUCAACCUGAAACCCUCGUUUUCUCGAGAAAGAUCCCUCGAGUAGUAGAGUGAUAUAACCAAACUGAAUUUCCUCCUGAGUAAAAAAGUAGAAUGCUGGGUCGCAGAUACCCAAACUUUAUUCGCAAGGGUUUUUACGAUUUCGAAUCUGAAAGGAUGCAGAGCGACUGACUAUGUAAAGGAUUAGCAAGAGGAGGGGCUGAGCCCCAGGAAUAGGGUUCGUCAAAUUUAAUCCUGAGGGUAUAGACAAUUCUUCAAGAAUAUCCUGAAUUCAAUUUCUAUAGCUACAGUUUUCAGUGAAAACGAAAAGUUGAAGGUAAGAAAAGAUUGUUGGAAAAGGACUAACGAACUGAAGAAACUGUCUUCCGGUGAAGUCGUGAUGCAGUCACUCGAGGAGCUUUACUUUUCGACAGAGUUUCCUCUGAAUUUGACACCAUCAUUGAUUGUGACGAACGAGAGUUUUUGGGGAAACUUCUCAAACUCAACAGACUUGGAAGACCGAAAUCAAUUUAUUUUGCCAUGGUGGCGUCAAAUGAUCUGGACCUUGCUAUUCGCGGGAAUGAUCGUGGUCGCGGCGGGUGGCAAUCUGAUUGUGAUUUGGAUCGUGUUAGCUCACAAGAGGAUGCGGACUGUUACUAAUUAUUUUUUGGUGAACCUGAGUAUUGCGGACGCGAUGGUGUCGACGCUGAAUGUCACCUUUAAUUAUAUCUACAUGCUCAACAGUCAUUGGCCUUUUGGUAAUUUGUAUUGCAAAAUCAGCCAGUUCAUCGCGGUACUUACCAUCUGUGCGAGCGUCUUUACGCUCAUGGCCAUCUCGUUUGAUAGGUGA